AUGGCUGAAACAAAUGCAUGUUAUCUGGGGCUAAAGGAAGUAAUACUCAUGCGGCCGAGUCAUUUACACUUGGAAAUGGAUUCAGAAACUCUUGUGCAUUGGUUGACAUCCCCGUGUUUAACUGAAUCGACAUACCCAUGGCAGUUGUACCAUCUACUUGCAGACAUUCACAAAAUUCUGAACCAAAUUCCGAAUGUCAACAUCACACAUAUAUAUCGAGAAGGCAACCAAGUCGCUGAUGCAUUAGCCAACAGAGGAGCAGACAAAGCUGCAGAUCCAACUCAGGCCAAUACAACAGAGAUAUGGAUGGAUACACCUCUAUUGUUCCUAACUCCGUUACUUGUAUCAGAUAGAGCCCAAACUCCCACUGGGCGUGUAACUCGUAUUUUCAUGUUAAUAAAAUCUAGUUUCCUAUAA